UGUUGGUCCAUUUAUUUAGUUUGUGUGUUGGAUUCAAUAAAUAACGCUUCUCUCCCUCCCCCGGCCUGAGACAAAGUCCCCAUAAGCCCUUUCUCUUUUCAUCCUUUCUUCUUUUCCGUUUUCAAUCUGCUCCUUCCCUCUUCCUCUACACUACUACCUUACCUUGGAGGGGUUCUUCGUAUUAUACCCACCCCUCUAACCAUCCCGAUCAGAUACAACCAUAAUUAAUUCGUUUUGGACAAAACGCUGUCUUCUCUCUUUACCUUUUUUUAUAUUUCCUCCCCUCUCUAAGACUCACCGUCUCGUUGUUUCUCGUCUAGCUCAAGCAUCUCUCCUUUCGCGCCAACGAAUCAUGGCCGACGGCAACGUGAUGCCCCCUAAGCCCUCUGUGGUGCUGGAAGCCCACGAGGUCGAUACUUUCCAUGUCCCUAAGGCUUUCUAUGAGAAGCACCCGACUGGCACUCACUUGAAAGACCUGGAUGAAUAUAAGAAGCUCUAUGACGAAUCAAUUCGCAGCCCUCAGACCUUCUGGGCCCGCAUGGCUCGUGAACUCCUUUCCUUCGACAAAGACUUCGAAACUACCCACACUGGCUCUCUGGAGAACGGUGACAGUGCCUGGUUUGUGGAAGGUCGCUUAAACGCGGCCUUCAACUGCGUGGACCGUCAUGCACUCAAGAACCCCGACAAGGUUGCGAUCAUCUACGAGGCUGAUGAGCCAAACGAGGGCCGUAAUAUUACCUAUGGAGAGCUGCUUCGUGAAGUAUCUCGAGUCGCCUGGGUGCUUAAACAGCAAGGUGUUAGGAAGGGUGAUACUGUGGCCAUCUAUCUUCCUAUGAUUCCGGAGGCUAUUGUGGCCUUCCUGGCCUGUUCCCGUAUUGGUGCCAUCCACUCCGUGGUGUUUGCAGGAUUCUCGUCAGACUCGCUCCGUGACCGUGUUAUCGAUGCCGGAUCUAAAGUGGUCAUUACCACCGAUGAGGGCAAGCGAGGCGGCAAGGUGAUUGGCACCAAGCGUAUUGUUGACGAGGCUUUGAAGCAGUGCCCUGACGUUACAAGCGUGCUGGUCUACAAGCGCACCGGUACUGAGGUCCCCUGGACCCAAGGUCGUGAUGUCUGGUGGCACGAGGAGGUAGAGAAGUACCCCAAUUACUUCCCUCCCGAGUCCAUGAGCUCCGAAGACCCUCUGUUCCUGCUGUAUACCUCUGGUUCGACUGGAAAGCCCAAGGGUGUUAUGCACACCACCGCUGGAUAUCUCCUGGGUGCUGCGAUGACCGGAAAGUACGUCUUUGAUAUCCACGACGACGAUCGCUUUUUCUGCGGUGGUGACGUCGGUUGGAUCACUGGUCAUACCUAUGUUGUGUAUGCUCCUUUGCUCCUGGGAUGUUCCACUGUCGUCUUUGAGAGUACCCCAGCGUACCCCAACUUUUCUCGCUACUGGGAUGUCAUUGAGAAGCACCAGGUUACUCAGUUCUACGUCGCCCCUACAGCACUGCGGUUGUUGAAGCGCGCUGGAGACGAGCACAUUCACCACAAGAUGGCUCAUCUGCGUGUCCUGGGCUCCGUCGGUGAGCCUAUUGCUGCAGAGGUUUGGAAAUGGUACUUCGAGAAAGUCGGAAAGGAAGAGGCACACAUUUGCGACACUUACUGGCAGACCGAAACUGGUUCGAACGUCAUCACACCUUUGGGUGGAAUUACCCCUACGAAACCCGGUAGUGCCUCGUUGCCCUUCUUCGGUAUUGAGCCUGCCAUCAUUGACCCUGUCUCCGGAGAGGAGAUCUCGGGCAAUGACGUGGAAGGUGUGCUUGCCUUCAAGCAGCCCUGGCCUAGCAUGGCCCGCACGGUGUGGGGUGCUCACAAACGUUACAUGGAUACCUAUCUCAAUGUCUACAAGGGCUACUACUUCACUGGAGAUGGCGCCGGUCGUGAUCACGAUGGAUACUACUGGAUCCGCGGCCGUGUUGACGACGUGGUCAACGUAUCCGGUCACCGGCUGUCCACUGCUGAGAUUGAAGCUGCUCUGCUUGAACACCAUAUGGUUGCUGAAGCCGCCGUGGUCGGUAUUGCUGACGAACUCACUGGCCAAGCGGUCAAUGCAUUUGUGGCUCUGAAGGAGGGCAAUGAGACGAAUGAGCAGGUCCGUAAAGACCUUGUUAUGCAGGUUCGCAAGUCGAUUGGGCCAUUCGCCGCUCCCAAGGCCGUCUUUGUCGUUGAUGACCUCCCCAAGACUCGCAGCGGUAAGAUCAUGCGGCGUAUCCUGCGGAAGAUCCUGAGCGGCGAGGAGGACAGUUUGGGUGAUACUUCUACCCUGUCUGAUCCUUCGGUGGUCGACAGGAUCAUUGAAACCGUUCACACUGCCCGGGGCAAAUAGAUGGACGACGACAUGACUUAUGAAAAGAAAUACCAAAAAAAAAAAAAAAAAAAAAAAUUAAAAACAGCGAUUAGUAUGACAUGAUGUUCUUAAUUCCUUUGCGCUGAACUGGUGCAGUGCUUGUGAAAGGCAGAACUAUUCUCAUGUGCGCGUAUUUCGCUCUGGCUUUACUAUGUGAUUCCCGUGUUCUGUCACUUGGAGAAGCGAUAUUAUUCUGUUUGAUAUGUGUAUCAGGUUCCAAUUUCUCAAUAUAUAUAUCCUCCUUUUUCUUUUAUUCUGCUUAAAGAAUAGAACCUAUUUCUACUUAUAAUA